AUGAGUGACUUUGGUCAAUUGAUUUUACAGGAAGAGGAGCUCAAGGCAUUAAUCAACGCGCUCGAAACUGCGAUUGAUAUCAAACUGGAUCGCGAUGAAUUUAAUCAGCUCCGUGAAUGGUUAGAAAAGCGUUUUAAGGCCCUGUCCACUCGACUACGUGCAACCACUGCUACCGGACCGAUGGACACAACGCAGACGGUUGCAGACGAUGCAGCUGGGCUCCGACGGGGUCUUAUGCAACACUAUCACUGUAUCUCGUGCGACCGUCCGUUACAAGUGGCUGUUAUGCCUGACACAGUAAAACUAUCUUAUAUUUGCCAUUUCCAUGUGAUUCAUUUUCUCCUUGGCAUCCGUUUGCUCAAUUCCUUAGAUCUGGACAAAACAUUUACGAUUUAUACGGACUUGCAAGAAGAUGUGGCGGAACGCACACCACCACGAAUCCUCAAAGACGCGUUAAUCGAUCAAACACCGGUAGAAGGUGGUAAACUGACUGAUCUGGAGUAUGCGGACGACACUGUGCCACCAAGUUAA